AGUCACAUACAAUUUACCAUGUUGUGUUUAUACAGUCUACAAAAUGGUGAAUCAAAAUUCACAUGAUUUUGGUUACUGCUGGGAAGCAUACAUAAAACAUCAGAAACAUUGAAACUUCAAGGAAUACAAGUUAAUGCUACUUGAGUAGCAAUCAUGAAAAUUCUACCUGUUGUAUUCCAAAAGGUUGCCUGUUGUCAUCAUGAGUCCUAUUAUUAUCAGAAGUGGAUGGCACAAACAGGAGAAGCACAUCUCAUCCUCAUCGUCAUGGGUACAUCAGAAUCUUGCUGGCUUCAUAAUUUAACAGCAUCAUUUUGCUCUUACCUAUUUUAGCAACAAACUGAUGUCUUUGAUUAUAAAUCUCUUCGAUAAGCUAUCCCCAUAGCCACACAAGUAAUGGCUAUAAUCUCAGCAUUCUUUCAGCUGCAAAACGUGAAAAGAAAGAACCCCAUGCUCGUAUUUUGGUCAGUUGAUGAUCGGUACAAGUGUGGGGCUCGAGUGUUUCACAACAUGCGACUUCCACAUCACAUUGGAUGUGUCUGACUUGAAUUGCCAAUGAGCCAGCAGCUGUGUACUUAAUAAGAGGCAGAACAGAUUUGGCUAAUCAAAACUCUGAAAGCUUCCAUAGCAGCAGUACUAUGUAACUCCACUUCAGAUUUGCGUGCUUGUCUGAAUGCACGGUGAGUGGAAGUCAGCCACCACUUACAGAGGCGACGAUGGCACGGUGAGAUAAGCUUUGAAGGGCCAGUGAGAAUGGCAGGUGCAGCAAGUCUAGGCACAUGGGGACCGUGAUCAUGCCAUCAUAUGGUGCAUAAUGGUGACCUAACACUCAUUGCAACCAGCCUUUUUCCUGAUGCUGAUGAAGUUGAUGAUUAUUCUAUUGAACCCAUGCAACAAGCCUCCAAUGGUGCUCUUGUUCUGGUGCAGCCGCCAGAUCCACAUCAUGCAAAUGGCCACGGGGCUCCUAUCGCCACCAAACCACCACCAAAGUCCCUCUCAACUCUUCAGUGACCUGUACUUGCAUUCUGUCAUAUAAGAGAGACUGUCCACUUGAGACUGCAUCCACAGGCAGAAGCAUUCAGCUCACACAAUUCCUCUUCAAACAUGCGUGGAAACCCAAGCUGCUGUAAGAAGAGCUUUAAUAAGGGGUCUUGGAGUGCUACUGAAGACAAGAUCCUCACAGACUACGUCAAAGCUCAUGGAGAAGGGAGGUGGGGAAAGCUUCCCAAAAGUGCAGGCCUGAAUCGAUGCCCGAGGAGCUGCAGGCUCCGUUGGCUGAAUUAUCUGCGCCCAGAUAUCAAGAGGGGAAACAUAUCUCAUGAAGAAGAAGACCUCAUCAUCAGGCUUCAUAAUCUCCUGGGGAAUAGGUGGUCUCUCAUAGCUGGAAGACUACCCGGUCGAACAGACAAUGAAAUCAAGAAUUACUGGAACACAGUCCUAAGGAAGAAGGUAAAAGCUUGCUCAGUUGGAUCGAAGAAGAUCAUGCAUUCAGACAAAGAUGAAGAUAGGAGCAGUAAGAGCCAAGAAAAGGUUAUAUGUCCAGAAUUUGAGAAUUCAACCAGCUGCAAUGACGCUUCUGUGAGCAGUCAGCAUGAUGAUAAAAAUAUUUGUAAAAAGGAGUCCAAAAAAUCAGUGGUAAGUGGAGAAAUUCAUUUGGAUACCUAUUUCUUAGGACCUGAAGAUUGUGACCCAGUGAUGGCUUCAGUGAUUGAGGAGUCCUGCACAAAACACCCUCUGGACAUAGACUUCUCCGAGAUCUUUGGGGACAAUCUCCAAAAAGACAUGAGAAUUUGGGGUAUUGUUGAUGCUCCUGAGCCCCCUGAUGAUAUUAUGUUAUUUAGCAAUGGAAUAUCUGACAGCUGGUUUAAUGGGGAUGACAUACAACUAUAUGGUGGUAUCAAUCUCGAAUCAUUCACUACACUAUUCCCGUCUGAAUCAGAAUUUCUGGGCCUGUGAAGUGACAUGGUUCAGAAGUGAUAGCUCCUUCCCAAAAAAGUAAUGCCCCAAGGAUGUUGGUAUCAUAUGAUAGUAUAUAUUUUGUCUCUUUUGUUGCAAAAAAAUUACUGUUUGAAAUAAAUCUAUUGCACUUUGUUCUCACC